AUGAGAGGCGAGCUCGAGAAUGGCCUCCAAGGGUUCUGCAGGAAACUGCCACCGUUGUAUCGUCUAUUUUGUACCCCAGAAAAAGAGAACAGGAUCCUAAAGUGCGUUACGGGACUAAUCUCCGGGUUUCUCCUGGGCAUAAUAUUUUACCGAUACGUUUUGUCAGAGCUGAGUUUCACGGAAGAAAUUGCUUUUGGCUUGAGCUUAUCCAUAUGCGUCUUGCUCGCAUGCGGUAUAGCGUUUUCUACGCAAGUCCGCUGCAUCACCCUGUUGACGUUUCCCAUUUUCGGCGGCAAAGUCGGCAGGGGCAUACUGAAAGCGUUGGUCCUCACGUUUAUAAUAUCAGGCCCCAUAGAAAAUAUGGCGAAUAACGGGAGAGAAGUGGUGCGGAUAUUCGCUUGCACGGCCUCGUUGCAAUUCAACUUGACGAAAUCGAGGUUUGAGCUGAUGUUCAAGCCCUUCGUUCAGGCGAUAUUCGGCAUGAAAACGGAAGUGAACGAGGUCAAGGACACGCUGAGGGCGGUGAAGGACGUGUCGGCGCCCAUAACCGGCGAAUUAGAGGACGAGAGCGAGAUGAAAAAGAUCAAAGAAGAAAACGAUUACCUAGACGACAAGAUCGGCGACACCAAGCGCUCGAUGUUGAUCGACGAGAAAUACGAAACAGCAGGAGAGAAAUCGGAGGCUGUCCGUUACGAAAAGCUCUACAUGAAGAAGAUCGAGAUGCGUUGCGAGGACCAGUUCACCAGGGCCGCGAUGAGGUGCCGCAAAAUGUUCGAAACGGGUUACAACAAGUGCUAUGACACGGUCACGUGGGCCGCCGCUUGGUUGCUCUGCUGGCCGAUGAAGCUCGACUUCGUGUGCAACAUAGCCGAGGCUUUGGGCGGGUCCACCAGAUGCGACCCGUCCAAAGAUAUGGAGUCCGGGUUCGGUCAGGGCUACGCGUACCUCAAACAGUCCCGCUCGUCGCUGGCCCAAAACUUCAAGGACGUGAAGCUGCAGUACAAAAUCGGAAAAAUCAAGCCCCUCAAAGACGUGAGGGACGCGAGGGACACGGCCGUGUCGAUACUCCACCAGGUGCAAGAGAAAAAAGCGAUCUUCGCGCAGAUCCUCAACGUGAUCAAACGAGUCCUGGCGUUCGUCUUCCUCAGGAUCGUGCUGAUCUCGCAGGAGUACCACGACAAGUACCUGCGCGAUUUGGAGUUCGACAACGUUUACGUCACUAGAUAUUUUCGAAAAAUCGACGCGAGAAGAAAGUCGCAAGACAAACACACGCUGCUGCCCCUGAAGAAGGUCGAGCGUAAGAAACUGGUAGAUCCGAGGUCUUUGAAACCUAUCAAGUCGGAACGCGAGAAGCUUGCGAAGGAGACGUUGGUGUUGGUGUUGGAGAUGAUCACGGCCACCACUUUCGUCCUGCUGGACAGGUUGUUCUACGAGGCUUUGGAUAUAGUGAGGAGACACGCUAGAAUCGAUUACCUCACAGUCGGAAAGCACGACCUUCUGCUAGAAGUUAAAGGCACCGGCAUGAUCGCCUCAGUUCUGAGGUCCUUGGUAAGAGGCUUCAACAUCAAGAAGCGAAUAAGGGUGCAGAGAAGCAACGAGCAGUGCCUGCCCAGACCCAAACUGUUGGCCUCCGUCUAUUUGUUUAAAAUUUUUGGCACUUACUUCGCGAUCUGGGUGGCCAUGUGGGUCCAAGCCUACAUGCAGCGCCUCAGGAGGUUGAUCUGCGCGUACUUCUACCGGAGGAGGGAGAAACGCAGGACGUUGUUCCUCUACAACGAGACCCUGAAGAGGCGGUUGGGAUUCAUGAGGUUCAUGAAGAAGCGGGUCGAGAGACUAGCUAGGGAGCGCCGCCUCGAAGAGAACUACAACGUCUGCCAGAUCCUAAGGAUCAACCACCCGAAUCGGUGCGGGUGGUUGCGGUUUUUCAAGAUGGCGAGGAGGAAGUGUCUGGUUUGCGAGGAACCGGAGCCGAGGAAAGCGGCGGGCUUCGAAGAGUGUCGGAACCCGGGUUGCCAUUUUGUCUUCUGCGCGGAAUGCUGGCGCGAUAUGGGCGGGGUUUGCCUCGUGUGUCAGGCGGAGAGCGAUGCCGACGAUCUGACCGACGACGAGGACGAGAUCGAUUUAUUUUAAGGAUAAUUUUGCACGGAAACGUCAGUGGAUAUGCUACAGGGGUUCGGCAACAAUUCGAAUGAAAUUGGUCCGGAACCCGCGUAGUUUAUCUACUAAUGUUCUUAAAGUAAGAAGUAAUAUUUUCAAUCUCGAAAGGUUUUUUACUGCACAUGAGAAAAUUUGGUUUGAAUUUCAUCGUCAUCAUUGCGAUUUACGAUUUUUGAAAAGCAACUGUGAGUUAAUAAAGCACAUAAAAGAGAAUGUAGUCUGCCCCACAACAUGCAAUAUGCAAGUUCGACGCACUUAUGACGUAGGCUGCAGCCAAAUUGAAAUUACGAUAAGGAAAUCAGAAGUGCAAUCGAAAUAGCAUCAAAUGUAUUCAUAAAAUAUGGAAAGGUACAUAAACGUAAUGAUCUAAACCUAGCACUACCUAUACGUGAUGUGAAAUGCUCUGAUUGACAGUAAAAUCAAUUGUAGAACUCAUUCACACUCUUAAUAAAACAUAUAAUAAU